CAGAAAAAUUUUUCUUCACUAGAUCAACAUAAAUCACAUAAUCGGACACGACGUCAUCUCAUUUAUGACUCGACUUGUUCCUCGGAAGGCGCCGAUAUUCUACUUAAUAAUUAUUAGCAACUUAGGAAGGCUGAGAGCUCGCCACUAUUUCAACUUUGUUUUUUGCGACGAUCCUGCACUGCUGCCGAGGCCGACACUAUUCACUCCUGCUUGUCGAUUUUCCUUUCCUUGCUUUCUUUCCUUUUAUGAUUCCUUCCCUUCUUGUUUCGCCGAGAGUAACCGGUGCUGUGUUUGUAAUUUCGUAUUGUGGUCAAGCUCCAGCUGACAGCUAGAAUUUUCAAUGUUUAGCUGUUCUUUGCUGCGCAACGUGUAUCAGGGCUUGGGGCUGCAGAGCCGGCAUAAAGGCUGCCACGUGGGUGAUAACUUGCCUUACCAGGUCUUCUACUUAAUAUUAGAGUAUUAUACAACAUGUAGCAGAGCUCGUAUAUAACUAUAACAUAAUUCGUAUCUAUACACAUUACUAUGUACACACAAAAGUCGUG